GCCUCAAUCUCGUUUCCAGGGGGCUGCCAACUUCGGUUUCUCUUACAUUUCCCCUCCCUAUAUAUACUCUUUCUCCCCCACCUUGCCUACUUGCCUAACCCCCCAUCUCUCCUCUCAUACUUCACUCUAACGUUCCCUUUGAGGUUUUAGGAAAACAGCAGAGAAAUUAAGGAAUGGAGACCUUCCUAUUUACCUCGGAGUCUGUGAACGAGGGACAUCCCGACAAGCUGUGUGAUCAGAUCUCUGAUGCAGUCCUCGAUGCCUGUUUGGCACAGGAUCCUGAGAGCAAGGUGGCUUGCGAGACCUGCAGCAAGACAAACAUGGUGAUGGUGUUUGGUGAGAUCACUACCAAAGCCGACGUAGACUACGAGAAGAUCGUGCGUGACACCUGCCGUGGCAUCGGUUUCACAUCUGACGAUGUGGGUCUGGAUGCCGACAACUGCAAAGUGCUGGUUAACAUAGAGCAACAAAGCCCUGAUAUUGCCCAAGGUGUCCAUGGCCAUCUCAGUAAGCGUCCCGAGGAAAUCGGUGCUGGUGACCAGGGCCAUAUGUUUGGUUACGCCACAGAUGAAACCCCUGAAUUGAUGCCUUUGACCCAUGUUUUGGCAACCAGGCUUGGUGCUCGCCUCACUGAAGUUCGCAAGAACGGAACUUGCCCUUGGCUCAGACCUGAUGGCAAGACUCAAGUCACCGUCGAGUAUUACAACGACAAGGGUGCCAUGGUGCCUGUUCGUGUCCACACCGUGCUCAUCUCCACUCAACAUGACGAGACCGUGACUAACGAUGAGAUAGCUGCUGAUUUGAAGGAGCACGUCAUCAAGCCGGUUAUACCCGAGAAGUACCUUGAUGAGAAAACCAUUUUCCACCUUAACCCGUCAGGCCGUUUCGUCAUUGGAGGUCCCCAUGGUGAUGCUGGUCUCACUGGUCGCAAGAUUAUCAUUGAUACUUAUGGAGGAUGGGGUGCUCAUGGUGGUGGGGCUUUCUCUGGUAAAGACCCUACCAAGGUGGAUAGAAGCGGGGCUUACAUUGUGAGGCAGGCUGCGAAGAGCAUUGUUGCUAAUGGACUAGCUAGGAGGUGCAUCGUGCAAGUCUCCUACGCCAUUGGUGUACCUGAGCCAUUGUCUGUAUUUGUGGACACUUACGGUACUGGAAAGAUCCCAGACAAGGAAAUUCUCAAGAUUGUGAAGGAGACCUUUGACUUCAGACCAGGAAUGAUUGCCAUCAAUCUUGAUCUUAAGAGAGGGGGCAAUAGCAGGUUCUUGAAGACUGCUGCGUAUGGUCAUUUUGGUCGGGAUGACACAGAUUUCACUUGGGAGGUUGUCAAGCCACUGAAGUGGGACAAGGUCCAUGCUUAAUUGGAGCUUCUUCACAUUGAUUCUAUGUCUGAUUUAUCUUAUCUGCUGUCUGCUACCAUAUGAGUCUGCUUUUCUUACAAUUUCCUUUAAUUUCUUUUUUUGGGUUUGAAAUUUGAUUAAAUUUAUAUAUAUGCAUAUGCAUAUGAUAUGAGAGGUAAUGAAUGAAAUAGCAAUGAGAAAGGAUGUACUGCCAUGUUAUUAUUAUUACAAUUUGAAAUAUAAUAACAGAAAAUGAAUUAAAGCA